AUGUUUCGAAAAGAAAGCCCUUCCAACCUAAAUGGGGAAAGCAGCUCCGAACUCUUCGAAGCAAUUUACCAAGGUGACAGCCAAACCCUUUCAGUUCUAUUGCAAUCUGGAGUAAAUCCUAAUUCGAAAACACCAUUUCUGCAAAAAAGUGCUCUGGAAGAAGCGAGCAAAAGAGGAGAUGAAGUAAUUGUUGCCCUGCUUCUUGAAGCUGGAGCAUGCGUGACGGACGUCGACCUGGCAGCUUGUACACCGCUUCACCACGCAGCUCAUUCUGGCCACCUCGGAUGCGUGCGGCUGUUAGUGGAGCAUGGAAGUGCCCUUGAAAGUCUAGAUGUAUUCAAGUUCACCCCCCUUAUGAGCGCUGCCAAUAAAGGUCAUCUUAAUGUUGUUCAGUAUCUCUUCAACAAGGGGUCAAAAGUCUUUACAACUGUCCCGUGUCAUUCUGCCCUAAGUGUUGCCGCUGGAAAGGGUUAUGCAGAAAUUGUCGAAUUGCUCUGUGAUAAUGCAGAGAGAGUUGAAGACAUGGAGAUGGAGCUCUAUUCGGCAAUGCUUGCUGCCGCAAAAGGGGGUCAUCCUGAUGUUGUUAGGGUUCUUAUUAGAGAAGGAGCUCCGGCGAAAAGACCUGAAAAGUGCUCAGAGUCUGCCAUUAUUUGUGCGGCGAAGAGAGGUCAUACGGAGGUAAUAAAAUUACUGAUAAGACAUGGCAAGGGUGAUGUUGAGGAGACUGAUAAAAACGGCUAUACGUCGCUAAUGAACGCUCUUGUGAAUGGGCAUAAUGAAACGGUGAAGACUCUACUAUUGCUUGGUGCUCAGCCCCUGAAUAUCUCUGCCUUUGACGAAUGGCCAUAA